AUGCCGCAACUCUUCCCCUCCAACCCGUCGGCCACGAUGGUGAUUCGCGAUGUCACACCUAAUAUUGUCACUAUGAGCCUUCCAUUCGCGCGCUUUGGCAUCUGGCGUUUUGGCGGCCGAGGAACACUAGUCAAGCUCUCCACGGGCUCUCUCGCCAUCUUCUCCCCCGUCAGCCUCACCCCCGAAGUACGCGCCAAAGUCGACUCUCUCGGCGGAAACGUCAAGUACAUCGCCGCCCCCGAUCUCGAACACCACCUACAUAUCGGCCCGUGGAGGGAGGCAUUCCCGCAAGCAUCGAUUCUCGCGCCAGAGGGUCUCUACGAGAAGCGCCAGGCGAGCAAGGAGUACAAUGACUCUCCAUUCGAACACGUCUUCAAGAAGAACGAGCCGCAGCCGAUAUCAGAGGAAUUCGACGCCGAGUUUGAAACCGAGUACGUGUAUGGGCAUUCGUCACGCGAACUGGUCUUCUUGCAUCGCCCGUCGCGUACGGUCAUCGAGGCUGAUCUACUCUUCAAUUUGCCCUCCCAUGAGCAGUACUCUCGCACCGAGGAUAAGAAUCCGCUUAAUUCUUGGACCAAGAUGGUGCUUCCGAUGCUGUCAACCAAAGGUUCUGCGACGGCACAACGGCGAUUCGCGUGGCAUGUUCUCUCUGCUAAGGAUCGCCCGGCGUUCACAGAGUCGAUGAAGCGUAUCGAUGGGUGGGAUUUUGAUCGGUUGAUUCCGUGUCAUGGAGAUGUCAUUGAGACGGGAGCCAAAGGGGUGUUUCAGAACGUGAUGGCGUGGUUCCUGCAAGAUGGGACGAAGCCUUCCUGA